GGUUCCCUCUGAAGUCACAGCUGCCACUACAUACAUAUAAAGAACACACACUAGUUUAUUCCAGCUGACUCUACACUACAGUUCCUCUUUCAGCGAGUAUAUAUAUAACAUCUGCCAGGCCAUUGACUAACGUUUUUCCGCGUGUACAGGGAAAACAUGGCUUGGAAAGACUAGAUGUGCUGGAUUUAGUGAUGUUGCUGUAAGCGAAGCUGCCCUCUUCUAUCGUUUUAGGGUAGAAAGGAUUGAACAGACCGCUAAAGAUUAUUAUUUAUGACCGUAUCCACAGUGUAAAGUGUAUUGUGAAUAGCAGCUUAUGUAUUUAUGCAUCGGAGCAUCUAUUUAUUAUUGUGAGCUUUUGUGGUUAUUUGACUCAAUGUAGAUUGCUAACUGAAUUUUUAGCCACCCAGUUACAGUACUCAUCUGUUCGUAAAGUUACUCUAAAUACUCCAAAACCAGGACAUCAGAUACAUCAAGAGCACAGCUAUAUAAUCAUGACUGCCAUGCGAGUGGAUGCUAAAGUGGUCAUGCUUGGCAAGGAGAGUGUUGGUAAGACCAGUCUUGUGGAGAGAUAUGUACACCGCCGCUUUCUUGUGGGCCCAUAUCAAAAUACUAUAGGGGCUGCAUUUGUUGCAAAAGCCCUCAGUGUCGGUGAUAAGGUGAUUACGCUGGGAAUAUGGGACACUGCUGGGUCAGAACGUUACGAGGCCAUGAGCAGAAUCUAUUACAGAGGAGCCCGUGCCGCCAUCGUGUGCUAUGACUUGACUGACAGCAGCAGUUUCAGAAGGGCCAGGUUCUGGGUGAAGGAGAUUCAGAACUGUGAAGAGCACUGUAAGAUAUAUUUGUGUGGUACCAAGAGUGACCUCACUGAAGCAAACCGAAGUGUUCGGCAAGUAGACUACCAUGAUGUACAAGACUUUGCAGAUGAAAUAGGUGCACAACAUUUUGAGACCUCAAGCAAAUCAGGAAAAAAUGUUGAUGAGGUAUUUCAGAAGGUCGCUGAGGACUACAGUAACUGUGCUUUGGAGUUCAUGCAAGGUGUGAAUUUGUCAGACAAUCAAACAUGGAAAUUUCACAGCCUGUGUGCAAUAGGAGGAUGAGGACAUCUUAAGAUUUCCAUCCUGAUGUGGAAAAGGGAGUGGACCUGGGGCAAAAGAAGGACUCUUAUUUUGACAACUGCUGCCAUAACUGACUUAUAACAGGAAAAAACUGCUGCAUCAUAUGGUCUAUUUUGGAAUGAUUGGAGGCUUGCUGUCUUUUAUACUCCUCAAAGCAUCAACUGGGGUGUCCUGAUUAUGUUUAGCUUGGAUCUCUUUUUUUGCUGUGCAGUAUUUUGAGAUCAGGCUGAUUGAAGAAGAUAGAGGAUUCUACUUGUGUUGAACACUUUUUCUUUGUCAAGAACACUUUCUGAACCUGAGAAUGAUAACUGAAGCAAAUAUCAACAAUGCAUUGCAAUCCAUUUGACCAAAAAGAGGAGACUGCACAAAGAAGUGUGCUUUAGAGAAAGAUGCCAUUGCAUGGAGAUAAUUGUUGACAAUGUUCCCAAAGGCCCUCUGCUUCACCCAGAUAAUGCCUUGAGUGAUUUGAAUCACCUUUUUAUAUAUAAAUUAUAUAUAUAUAUAUAUAUAUAUAUAUAUAUA